GUUGAUUUGGGAGGGGCAAAGCAAGAAAUUGGAAAUCGUCUCAGUCUCAUCUCACCUCCUGAAAAUGUCCAACCGAACCUGGAGCCAAGAUGAGACACCGAUUUACUGACUAUGAAAAAUAAAUACUAUUACGACUAAUAAGAAGCAAUUAGUUUAGUAUAUUUGUUUUUUAGCCGAGAGCGGAGUAUUUUUUGCAUGUUAUUUUUUCUGGUCGUGACUGCGAAAGCGUUUACAUCUUAAUGACACAUUAGUAGGUCACCCACCUUGAAUUCUUAUCGGGCUAAUUACAAACCAGCAAAUAUGUAUUGCUGACCAUCGCAGGCAGAGUCGAUACAGUCGUGUUUCACAUUUAGCUUGGUAAAAAUAACGUUUUUUCUCUCUCUCUCUAAGACAUCGUCAACGAAGCCGAAAUGAAUUGCACAUGCUUAACAUUCUGGACUACUUUCACAUUAAUACAAAUAUUAUUUACAACAAUUAUUGUCGCAGAAGAACUUAGGAUCGACUGUUAUUUUCAUUCAUUCAUUAAUUCUAAUAACAGUGGUGACACCUACAAUAGAAGUGAUGAUAGUAUUUGUAAAUCUGGUUAUUUUCGACUGCCAGAAACUUUUCAGGACGAGCAAUUUCUGGACAAUCAAGAUAAGAGAUUAUCCAAACAUUUAUUACUCGGAGUGUUUUGUUGUCCUAAGGGCAAAGGGAAUGAUGAGAGAGGAGGUGCCAAAACUCCUUUCUUCUGGCCAAAUGAGCUUAAAGGGGGGAAAUUAACCCGAGCUUUCAUGACUUGUCAUGCUUCAAGCAUUCCUGGGCUGGACACCAUUCGGUUCUUAUUGUACACAAAGAAGACGCUGGGACUGUUCGAUUUUGAGGAGUUGCUCGUUAAUGAUCUUCACUCGCUACAACAUUCCAAUUUCAUCAAAGGUGCUCCAGUGAAAGUUAUUAUUCAUGGUUUUAUGUCAUCAGCAUUUGUUGGACCAGCUCCAACGCUUCGAGCUGCUUAUGCAAAAGUGCCAGAAAAGUUUAACAUUAUUGCUGUGCAUUGGGAAGCAUUGGCAAAUCUGGUCACAGCAAGUGAUGGAAUCUGUUAUGAUAUCGCAUCACAGAGUACGAAACAUGUUGGACGUAAAACGGCAGAAAUGAUUGAGUUUCUUAUAAAGAGCAAUUACACCACGCUAGAAAAAGUACACGUAAUGGGACAUAGUUUAGGGUCACACUGUGCGGGGUUCACAGGCAAAUUUAUAAGGAUUGGUAAACUUCCGAGGAUCACAGCGUUUGAUCCAGCUCGACCGGUUUUUGUGGAUCGUCCUCCAGCGGAACGUUUGGAUUAUACGGAUGCUGAAUUUAUUGAUGUAAUCCAUACUGCAACGAAGCAGUGGAAACUUCUUGGAGCGUUGUCCUUCGGUUUCCUUCCAUUUCCAGUCGGCAUUAAAGCGCCAAUGGGACACAGUGACUUCUACCCAAACUACGGAACACAUCAACCCGGUUGUGUUUUACAACUUCAAAAGCUACCUGCGCUCUGCAGUCAUAGCAGAAGUUACUUUUAUUAUGCAGAAAGUAUUCGAUACCACAAUCAACGAGUGUUUUUAUCCAAUGAAUGCGAUACUUUGGAUAAUUUGGAGAAGGGCAUUUGUCCCAAAACUCUGGAAAACACUAAGGUUAUUAUGGGCGAGUACACCCCAGUCCAAAAUAUUAGCAGGAAAUUAUAUUACGUUAAGACUAAUGCGAGGACACCCUUUGCAGUCACAGUGAUAACCACUGAUUUAUAAUUUAAACAAGAUGUAAGAGCUAAAAUACAUACGGAUUUUUAUAAUAAUUUUUCUUUAUGCAGUUGCAUUCAUUAAUUUAAGUCGGAAGAUUUUAUUUUACAACAGCAAUACAUCAUAGACAUUGCAUACAUAAUUCGAUGGAAUCGGAAUAUUUAUUACAGAGUAUACCUUUGAAGAUUACAUAUAAUAUAACAGAUAACAUAUAAGUAAAAGAAUAAAUAUUUUCAAUAUAAU